AUGGUGUACGAUGUGGCCAUUAUUGGCGCAGGGCCUUGCGGGCUGGCCGUGGCGGCUCGGUUACGAGAAGCCACUCCUUCUGCACUCUUUACCGACGACGAGCAUAUCAGGUACUGGAGGAGGUUCAAUAGACGCGAGACGAUCGAAAACGAGCGUAGAUUCCAGCGAAGGGCGGCCGAUUCUGACCUAGGCGACAGGUCUCACUCCGGCAGAUCCAUCAUUGUGCUCGAUGCUCAAUCUGACGAGUGGAUGUCAGCAUGGAAAGAGAAAUUCCGCAAGUUGCGGAUCAACUAUCUUCGGAGUCCUCUAUUCUUUCAUCCAGACCCAAGGGAUCGAGAUUCUCUCUUGGCCUUUUCGCAUCUCCACAGCCGCACGAGCGAAUUGCAAGAAAUCCCCAACGUGGUUGGCAAAGAAAUGAGCAAACAUCGAGUUAAGAAGAGACGUCAGAGGAGGAUCACACAACACCUCCGCAUCGAUGACAGGGAUCGUAUAGACUAUUUCACACCCUCGGCAGCGCUCUUUGAAGACUUUUGCGACGACAUUGUGGACAGGUACGACCUUCGAAGCGUGGUCGUACGAGCUAGAGUAGAAAACGUCGAGUACGGAGAUCUGGGCGGGUUGACCAGUGCGGAAGGAUUUACCUUGGCCACGGACCAAGGAGCGAUCUUCUCCCGAAUCGUUGUCCUCGCAGUCGGUCCUGGUUGUAAGCCGUUCAUUCCCAUUGACAGCAACCUCCAGCUCGGCGCGGAGCCAGGCAGCGUUUGCCACUGCUUUGCUACCGCAGACGAACAUUGCUUACCGGAGCAUGUUCUGCGAAAGAUCGAAAACGGACUACCAACCUCCGUCGUGGUGGUUGGGGGUGGACUUACCAGCGCCCAAAUUGCCGAUUUACUCAUUUGUCGUGGCGUCACCAAGGUGUGGCUGCUGAUCAGGGGAAGCUACAAGUUGAAGCAUUUCGAUGUUGACCUUGAAUGGGUGUCAAAGGUGCGCAACCACCAAAUGUCGGUUUUCUGGUCGGCAGAUAGUGAUGAGGAGCGCCUAGAGAUGCUCAAAAGAGCUCGAAAUGGAGGCAGUAUAACACCCAAGUUCGACAGGAUUCUUCAAAGGCACGUUUUGAGCGGGCAUCUGGCUAUUGUGACUCACACUCGUGUCCAAGACGGGAUUUGGUGCGGCAGGAGCCAGACAUGGUCGAUCAGAUUGUCCUCUGGACAAGAGGAUGCCCCGCUGUGUGUUGACCACAUCAUACACGCAACGGGGGCAGCUCCGAACAUUGAAAAAGUGCAGUGCAUGAAGCAAAUGCUGGAGAAAUACCCUCUUCCAUCUUGCAACGGGUUGCCUAGACUUACCGAUGACUUGAUGUGGCACAACAGUGUCCCAUUGUUCUUGACUGGCGGUCUUGCGGCACUGAGGCUCGGCCCCGGCGCCGCCAACCUGGCCGGAGCACGACAGGGAGCUGAAAGGAUUGCCUGGAAGAUCGAGGAUCUGCUGGGAAAAGGACAAAUGGCAUUGCCUGAGGAGGAGGACUCGGUCCUCGCGGAUGGGCGCGGCAGCCAGCUCAGAGAGCGGGAGAGGAACACCAUGGCCGAGCAGAGGAGCGAAUACACAGGAGGCUUUGUCAAUCAAUUCGAGGCCUUGACGCUGAACGAAGGUAACUAG